CUUAAACGCCUUUCAAUCUCGGUCGCGAGAUAAUGAACGAUCGUGAAGGCGCGUUCGCGCGAACAGUCAGACCUGAUGACAGAAUCCGGCCGUUGAUGUUCCGGAGGACCUUGGAUCCAGACCUUCGACCAAUUCCACAAACUUCUCCGCAAUUAGCCAAUCCGAGGAUACCAAGGAAAUUGAUAGUCAAGACUCCCACCAGUCAGGAAAAAAUCAAGCAGUGGGAACUUGUUAAAGGAGAGAAAGGACUCACAGUUGUUGAGAAAAGACCAGUUAGAAAUACUUUAGCAAGGUCUUCCAGUGCGAAUAACCCAAGUUCAUCUGCAGAUUUUAACCGAUCACCGGUGCCAGUUCGAAACUCGAACAACCAGCCCCCUUGGGCAGAAGUGAUGACCAGAAGAGACCAGGACCUGGGGGAUAGGAAGAUGUAUUUCCCGAUAAGGAAUGAUACAUCAGUUAAGAAUUCGGGACCAGUUUCGCUUCCAGUUUCUAGCAACAAGUACGAUCCUGGCGGAAUAUCUGGUCCUGUGAGACUGGAUAUGGUUCUGAAUCAGUCGCAGACUAGAAAUAAUGAUAGCAAUGAUACUCUUCAGCAACUGGAACAACAGGUCAGGUCCAUCGAGGUGAACACUAUCAGUGCCAAAAAGUCCCACAUUAGAGAGCAGCUUCCUCAGGAUGAGUACCAACGAUAUGCUGAACAUGAGGACUUGUUGAUUAACGUCGACGACGAGGCUGAGGGGGUCUCCACUUUACGGCGUGGCGAGGCGACAAGAAGCUCGACUGGCGGUAAUGUCAGACAACAAGGGAAAAGACAAGUCGCAAAGCUGUCAAGAACUGCCUCGGAUGCUAGACGUGGCCCGGAAACGGAAAUUCCGACUAGAAUGCAGCCAAAAAAACAUGCUCUUUUACCUGUGAGACCAUUCAUCACAAGAAAACACCAUCGAGAGGAACCGCAAUCUUCUUCAUCUCUGAGACCAUUAACUGAUGUCAUGCUGAAAUCACAUAUCGGGAAGGAGUCAGUGGAAAUGCGAGAUGGUGUAACGCAUGGAGGUUGUAUUGGUCAGGCGAAGGAAGAAGCCGAUCAGCUGACCAGAAUACGGGUCAAACUGGCGGCCUCCAAAGUAGCGGCAGCUUCUUCGUGCAAGAUGGUCACUCGUGGCCUUUUGCGGACGGGAGAUGGCGUGGGGGUGUCGAGUAGUGGUGGUGGUCGUCUCUCCUCAAGGAGUCGGACCUCCGAAGAACCGCACAUCGGCAAAUACAAGUUGCUGAAGACCAUUGGUAAAGGAAACUUCGCGAAGGUGAAGCUUGCCAAACAUGUACCCACGGGGAAGGAGGUAGCAAUCAAGAUAAUAGACAAGACACAACUUAACCCUGGCAGUCUUCAAAAGUUGUUUCGUGAAGUGAGGAUAAUGAAAAUGCUUGACCAUCCUAACAUUGUGAAGCUGUUCCAAGUCAUUGAGACUGAGAAAACGUUGUACCUGGUGAUGGAGUAUGCUAGUGGUGGAGAAGUAUUCGAUUACUUAGUCCUUCAUGGUAGAAUGAAAGAAAAAGAAGCUAGGGCGAAGUUUAGGCAAAUAGUGUCAGCCGUACAGUACUGCCAUCAAAAGAAAAUAAUUCAUAGAGAUUUAAAAGCAGAAAACUUGUUACUGGAUAGCGAAAUGAACAUAAAAAUAGCCGACUUUGGAUUCAGCAAUGAAUUCACUCCGGGAAACAAAUUAGAUACAUUCUGUGGCUCUCCUCCUUACGCAGCGCCAGAAUUGUUCCAAGGCAAGAAGUAUGAUGGCCCCGAAGUAGACGUAUGGUCGUUAGGAGUAAUCCUCUAUACAUUGGUGUCCGGUUCCCUGCCAUUCGAUGGUUCGACGCUGAGAGAAUUAAGGGAAAGAGUACUGAGGGGGAAGUACCGCAUCCCAUUUUAUAUGUCCACCGACUGUGAAAACCUCUUAAAAAAGUUUCUGGUGCUCAACCCGACAAAACGGGCCUCGUUAGAGGUACGUGGCGAGAAGCCCGAGAGUGAUGGUUCGCGGUCUGGUAGUUCGCUGUCUCUACGUAACAUUCCACCGCAAGUUAGUUCAGGUGGAGGUAGCGGAAGUGGAGGAGGAACAGGAGGUGCAGUUCAGAGUCCAUCACAUCGAGGAGUUCAUCGUAGUAGCUCUGCAACUAAUCCCAAACCCAGUAGAAGGGCUUCUUCCGGUGGAGAGACUCUUCGUGGAGCACCAAGCCCAGGUAACACAACGAAUCACAAUCAUGCCACGACCGGAACCGGUGGAACGGUAGUUGGAAGUGGCGGUAGUAAUUUCAAAAGGCAAAAUACCGUGGAUGCUGCCACGAUCAAGGAAAACAGCGCUCGUGUCGCUGCAUCUAGACCCUCUGCGCCCAAAAAUAGUCCUGGACAACUCGAUACCAGCGUCGGAACGAGUCCUGGCGGUAAGAGCAGAGUGGGAAAAAUCAAUACGAUGAACGCGGGGGUUGGAGCCAUUCGAACGUCUACUACCCCUGCUGCUGGAUCCAUCGGACGACGCAGCACCAUCUCCUACGAUCAAGCCAAAACUUCUUCGUCUACGGAAAGAACCAACGAUGUACCCAGCCUGGGAGAGGGCACUAGGCCGACAAGGGGUCACACCAAAUCUGCGAGCAUCAGUGCAAGUCACCGUUCCUCAAGUGGGGUUCCCCCGGGUGAUCAUUCGCUACUGGAUCCUCAGCCACGGAACGCUCACAACUCCCUCCUCGUCACUGCUGACCCUCUUAGACAGAGCUUGGGAGUGUCUCCAAGUAACAGAUUGGCUACACCCACAACCCCAGCAUUUCCAAGGAAUGUUCCCAGUCGUAGUACGUUCCAUUCUGGACAAAAUAGAGCCCAGCGAAAUCAUACUCAGGGCCACACCCAUACGCAAGAUACAAAUGCGAUAAGCCCACUAGCAAGGCCGUCCUUUUUCUCCAAACUCUCUUCAAGGUUUUCUAAACGCCCCAUGGACCCAUCCGUUUCCCCCAAGCACCCAGUAGUGAGUGGGGCAACAACAAAUGAUGAUCAGGUGAAACCACGUAGUUUACGAUUUACUUGGAGUAUGAAAACCACCAGUAGUCGAGAUCCCAUUGAAAUUAUGUCUGAAAUUCGAAAGGUCCUGGAUGCAAACGAAUGUCAAUACGAGCAACCCGAACGGUUUCUAUUGCUCUGCGCACAUGGUGAUGCAGCAACAGAUAGCCAAGUGCAAUGGGAAAUAGAAGUGUGCAAAUUGCCACGACUCUCUCUGAACGGCGUACGAUUCAAACGCAUUUCAGGUACCUCGAUCGGGUUCAAAAACAUUGCGAGCAAAAUCGCAAACGAACUUAAGCUGUGACUGCCGGCCACAGGCGCUUUAGACGCUCGCGCCAACCCAUAACCCCCUCGCGUUUUCUGCCACCAAGUGGCGACGUCUGAGGAGUUCUAUUCCUGUUUCUUCUGGGACUCUGACUCUGAUUCGGAUUUGGAAUCGGACACGCAAGAGAUAUUCGUUUAACGAUGCCCUGUUCCCAGUCGGACACAUUAAAUAAACAUCUUCUCGAACUCAUCGAAGGCACCGGAUUCACGUAAAGGCCUUCGACAUAAAUCUUAAACUUCUGUGAUCCAUGAUGGCUGAUAUAAACAAACAAAAAAUGGAAAUACUCUUGAGUGCCAAAUGGAACAGAUCGGUCUGAAAGAUUCGAGUACAUCCACGUGAAUCUUGCAGACUGAUAACAAGAAAGCACGAAGCUGGCAUUAGAAUAUUCCGCUCUCAAUCUUCUUUUCCCUAAUUUCAUCGAGUAAUGCGAAAACUUAUUUUCACCUCUACAGAAUGUUUACAAUCACCCUUACAGAAUCUGUCAGAAUGCUCGAAAAGCCGUAAACAAUUUUGGUUUAAUUAGCAGUAUUAUUUAUUAAUCGGCAGAACGAGGUUUGAUACAUUAAGAAAGUUUCGUUCUCAAGCCGAGAGUUUUGUUCUUUUUUUUUUCAAUUCCACACGAGAUUUCAUUGGAUCUCUACUCUGAUGUACAUAAAUUGUAUGUGAGGAGUAUCUCCGUUAAAAGUGAAGGCAGUGCUCAUAUUCGCAGUAAACUUGUUUCUGGAGCGAUGUAUCUUAUUUGCGCUCGGAGGAAUUGUUAAGUGUGUAAAAAAAAGUUGUUCUUGAAUACUACAUUUUACGAUUUUUGUUCUCUUUUAUAAACUCGUUUCCUGGCAGAGACUUGUGCAGUGCAGGGAAGAAAAUGAUAUUGAAUUGAAUUUUAAACCUUUUAACGACAAGGAAACUGAAGAGAGUGAAGUUUUAGUUUUUAGGCGUCAAUUGAAGCGAAGCUGCAUUCAACGACAAGGGAAGAUUUGAUUUUAUCACUUACAAUCAGCGCCAAGCGCUUUGAAACAAUAUGCAAUCCAUGAAGCGCCGCGCUGGUAUCGCAGCGAGCUCACUUUUCGUUCAUUUUUACGAUGCUUUAUUUUUUUAUUGUAUACCACGAGUCCGAAAGUACACAGCAUUAACUACACGAUUAAUUAAUUACGAUCGAUAAGAGCUAUUAUUAUACAUGAUUAUUGGUAUUAUUACUACUGAAUGUAAGCGGGCGACGUUUCGUUAUAUCGAAGCUAGGAGAAGUUUAAUCUACGAGUACGCAAAUGAAUUUAUCCAAGUGAAUAAUAAUACCGUACGUACUUUCGACAGUACCUAUAAGAUCUGCUAUGGAGGACACAAUAAUUAUCACAUUAGGUAUUAUUACUAAAUUGGCUAUACUGUAUUCCCUAUCCUUUUAAUCAGCGGGUGCGCGUGUCAGCGAGGAUUAAAUUUUUCUCUGUAAAGCCGACGAUGUAAAUAAAACACAACAAUAAAAAGGUACUAAGUUAACACGAUUUCAAAAUAAUAAUGCUGCACGUGCAUCUCGAGGAAUUUCAACACUAUUUUCUAUUCGCCUAAGAUUUGUCGACUAAAUAAUCUCUGGGCAAUGACUAAUUUAUUUGCAAGUUGCGAACGAGUUGAGUUGUUUUUAUACUUCCAGUGCGACGAAUUCAGAGUGAUUCGAACACAUAGAGAGAGAGAGAGAGAAAAUAAACAAGAGAAAAUAAGAAAUAAAUAAAAAAAAAUGUUUAAAAAACUGCUGCGAAUCGAUAAAUGACUGAUAGCAAAUAAGUAUCGAGGCCAGCAAUUUAACAUCGUCAUUUGAUCGGAAUAUUCACACGAUUCUGAGCGCAAUUAGUGUACAUCAGAGGCAUCGGGACUUACUCUCAUUAUCUCUAAUUAAAUACGUAUGCAUAUAUAUACAUAUUAUGUAAAUAUUUUAUAUA